GUCAUCUAUGUCGAAUAAUUUACAAAGUGUUUAUUAAAAUUAUUGAAACUUUUAUUUGUGGGCUUUGUUGCAAUAAAAAAAAAACAAUUUUAAUUUAACGUAAAUAAAAAAAUAAUAACAAAAUAUAGAAAUUAUUCCAAAGUAUAUUUGCCCAACUAAACACUGCAAAUACUUUGGUAAACUUGACACGACUCAACUUUUCAAACAACCUGGAGCAAUGACGUCAAAAGGAAUCCGCGUUCUACCGAUGCGCGUCGCUUUAUUAGUCGUGGUCACGUGUUUGGUUGUUUAUUAUUUUGUUUCGAAACCAAAAUCUGAACCUAAGGGUUAUGUUGAUCUUCAUCGCCUCCUAGUGGCUGGGAUAGGUGCAGCUGAGAUGGGCGGGAACGAAGUACGCAGAGUUCGCGAGGGAAAUACCCUGGGUGAGAAAAGCAAGGGUGAGACACUCGAGGGGGUAAACGACCCUCUAACGAUGGGUGACACAGCAUCACAUCGCGUCAUGUAUCAUUCCCUUAAAGCUGCUUUCCCGAUGGUUAAUGUCGUUUCCGAGGAAACGGACGUCAAGGAUUCGGAGCUGCUAAUCCGUCUUCCCCCGCUAGCCAAUGAGGAGGUGGGGAAGAUGGGACUAGGGUCGGAGGUCGUUAACGCUAGUGAUGUCACAAUGUGGAUUGAUCCAUUGGACGCAACAAAGGAAUAUACGGAGAAGUUGUUACAAUACGUGACAACCAUGGUUUGCGUGGCAGUUGAUGGCAAACCUGUCAUCGGAAUUAUUCAUAAACCGUUCGAGCGGAAAACAUAUUGGUCGUGGGUCGGGCACGGGACCAAUAUUGACGACAAAUCCAAUGAUGACAUCACAAAGAUCAUUGUUUCGUUGUCGCACAAAGGGGACGUGGAGGACGUAGCGAAACGUGCGUUUGGGGACGUUAGUGUCAUUGGGGCCGGAGGAGCUGGGUAUAAAAGCCUCGCAUUAUUCGACGGGACGGCUUCCGUUUACGUCCACACGACGAGGAUCAAGAAAUGGGACAUUUGCGCCGGGAAUGCAAUCGUGCGGAACGCUGGAGGUCACAUGACCACAUUGACAGGAAGUGAGAUCGAUUAUUCGAGUCACGGUUCACCGAUUAACGACAAAGGGCUCGUAGCCGCCGUGCGAAAACACCAGCAUUACCUCACCAAACUCAAUUUUGGACAUUAAUAUGAUAUCUAUGUUGCACUUACACACGUACUUAUGUUAUUUCUUUUAUUUUGGUGCUUUUUGUAAAAACACAAUUAUUAUUUAUAUCUUUGGCCACAGACGGUAUUAUGACAUCAUAACCUGUUAGAAAUUAUUUAUUACAGCAAUAAAAAUGUCGGCGACAUAUGGCUGGUGGUUUAUAUGAUGUUUAUGACGUCAUUAUUCAGCCAUUGUGAUGUUUGCAUUGUAACACGGAAGCUAGUCACCACGGCAACCCCAAUUAAUCCAUUGUUUGCAUAACAAUGAGUGAUUGUUCACUUCCGUUUCAUCAGGUUUAUGACAUCACAGAUGGACAAUCAAUAUCCGAACAAACAUUUGUUUCGAUGUGGAAGACGUGUUUGUUACAACACGGGUUGGCGAUAUAAAAACGACCACUUUCGAUGAAUUUUCAUUUAAAGGAUUUUGAAGACAGGGGUGACUGUGAUGUCAUAGUAGGUGUAAUAUUGGGGGUAGUUGGGGUGAUAUGGGAACCCAACACUGAAACAGGGGUGAUAUUAUGUUGUUACACCCAAGGUUUAAUAAUUGUGGUUCCGUAUGUUUGGUGCGUUGUCACCGCAGUUAUUGUGUAAAAAUGCAUAAGCAUAUGUUGGAUUGUUAUUAACAUUUAUUUAUCGACUUUAUUUCAGACAAACAUGAAUUUGAUGACAUCAUCAGCAUUAGUUGUGUGCGCGUUUGUGUGUAUGAUGUCACAGUUAGUGGGCGGGGCUACGUUAACAUCGAGUGAGAUAUUAAAAGACCUCUCUAGCGCUUCCAGUGGUGAGCAUGUGACGCAGAAGAGAUAUGCUGAGUCAGCGUUUACGAGCAUGGCAGCGAAACAGAUGGAUCACGCCGCGUUUCAACAAUUGCUACGAUUAUUUGGAAAAAGGGCGAUCAAACGAUCAGGUGGGAUGCCCGAAACCAUGAAUGCGAACCCACAACCCACGGAAGGCGGUAUGAACGAUAAUUACGUCGUCAUACUCGCAAGGGAGGAUUUCCUACAGAAAGUGCUUAACAACGAAGCUCAGAAUGAUUUGUCGUGAAUAAUAUUGUCGUACUUUAUAUGAUUUCUAUGAAUAAACUGCAUCACACAAAA